AAGACUGUUUUAUGGGAGCUCUUAAUUUGCUUUAUGUUUGAAUAAGUGCUAUAUCAAGGAAUAAAAAUAGUCAACCUCUUUGUGGUUAUUUUAUGUAACACAACAUUGUCAUUAUGUAUGGAGAGCGUCUAACUUCUUCAUUUUUUCUGUUUGGUAUUCCAUUAUUAAAUUGCAGUUUUCUUUGGAAAAACAUAAUAACUUCAUUUUAUAUAGAACUAGAAUUAAACUCACCCGAGCAAUAUCUAAAAUUAUAUAAUAUAUGUUUUAAAAUAGUUUGUUUACUUUCAGUCGAAAGUAAUAUUAUGUUCACUGUUUGUUUUUGUUAUUUUUGUUAAAAAUCCAAAGCUUGUCUAAUUAAUAACUAUUUUUCAAUGUUUGUUUUACUUUUACAACAAUAAUAAUAAAAGAAAUAAAGCUACUCGAAAUUGCCGUUAAGAUUCAAUAUAUACUUGUACUAGUAGAUUUCAUGGUUCCCCUAGCCAACUUCUCAAGCAAGAGAAAUUAUAAUGGAAUAUUUUUAAAUUUUGUACAAAGUUUUUUGAAAAUCUUUCCUCAAAGUAAAUCUUUGCUUUCUUAACCUUCAAGUUUAGUUUUAGGUCGACUUCCAACUCCAGUCUCUAAAUCAGCUACUACCUCGCUUUCUGUAACACUUCUUAAACUAUAUCAUGUAUUAUUUCACGAUGGUACAUGAAUACUUCAAAGAAUUGUAUUUCUUCAUCUAAAUCUCAGUCGCUACUACACUAAUAUUUUUUUCUCCUAAGUGUUUUUUUCUUCUUCUUCUUUUUUAUUUUAGGGUUCAACUUUUCCUCGGCUUACGCCUGCCUCCGACGUCACCAUAGGAAAGAAGCUUCUGUAUUCUCUUUGGUGUAAAGCCAAAGGCAACAACAACGAACAGAGUGCGAAGAGAGUAGCAUGUUAGGUCAGCACAAAAAGAAGACGAUGGGAUUGAGUCAAAGAAUAGAGGAAGAAAAGCUCAUCGACACAAGUGAACAACUAGAAGAAGAUCCCAUUACAGUAACGGCGACAAGACAGAAAAGUGAAAACAAGAAUAAUAUCAUUAAUGAAAAGCUUAACCAAGAACCUCACAAGCCAACAUCUUCCUCUUUGCUGCUGCUUGUGCAAUUCUUUUGUUGAAAACAGAGACCAUAUUUUCCUGCGAUGCAAAUGGACGGAGGAACUCUGGCGUUUGGUUCUGCGAAGAUUGGGAAUUAGGCAGCUAGCGUUUCACACUUGGACAGCGUUUUCAGAAUGGCUUAAUAUAAGCUACUCUCACUCCUCGAGACUACUCAAACGCCUUGCCUCUCAAGCAACGGUUUACAACGUCUGGAUCGAAAGGAACAGAAGACUACACAACGACAGCAACAACUCUCCAGGCCAAGUGUUCAAGAUAAUAGACCGCCAAGUCCGAGAUAUCAUUUUGGGACAUCGGCACCAACGGAAAUUCAGCGACCUAAUGCAAAAUUGGCUCGUUUUUGAGUAACAACAACAACAUCUUCCAUGAAUUUGGAAGUUUUUUUUUUUUUUUUUUUUUUUUUUUUUUUUGAAUUUGGAAGCUUUGCCUAGAACUAGCCUUGUUUUUAUUACUUUUGCCAAGGCAACCUCUAGUAUGUAUUAAAACCUAUUGUAUCUUUACAAUCCUGCUUCAUUUAAUAUGAAAAUUCACAUUUUGGCAAAAAACCUCACAAGCCAGACCUGUGGAGUCACUCAGUAGAGGCUCGUAGGGUUUGUAUUCUUUAUAUAAUAGCAAGCUUCUGUAUAAUCUUGAGUCAAAAAAUGAGACAGUAAUAUUCAGACAUUUCUUCUCCGUUACGUUUCAAGUUCUCUGUUUCUUUUUUUGCUUUCUUUCCUCUUUUGGUCUCUCUUCUUAGCUUCUUCGCGUGUCUUCUUUGCACUAUUGUCAUAUCCUUGCUUUUGUGAGGAUUUUGCAUCUAGUUGCUUUUUGGUAGAUCUCGUUUCUUUAGGUUUGCAGGUUUAAAAGGAAGGUCCUUCAGAUCUGCUCUUCUCUUGAUCCACUUCUGUCCGAAGCUUGUGGAUUUAGUUUCGUAAUAAAUUACUACUGCCUUUUAUUCCAAGUUGACAACGUACGGUUCUAAAAAAUUUAAAUUGUCCAACUUUGACUUUUUCCAUCAGCCCUGUUCUCUCGCGGCAUAUACUAAAGUUCUCAACCACUCUCCUCUCUCAGACUAAAACAUUUCUUAUAUAUAGAAACUAAGAUGAUGAAACGAAUUUUUUUAAGGUCACCAAAGUACAAAUUAAAAAAAGGAAUCAUAAUCACUUUAACUCUAAAAUUCUCAUCAAGUCUCCUAUAUAAACAGCUCCACUUCUCAAAGAUCACAAACAAUGCCUUCAAUUUUUGGAUCGGUCCCUAUCUUGGCCGUGGUGGCCAUACAACUCCUCCUUAUACCCAGCGUUGUUUCUUCCCUCAACAUUACCAAUGAGUAUAUCCACCACGCAUGCAACAACACCCAAGGGAAAUACAAGCCAGGGAGUGUGUUCGAGAAAAAUCUCAACAUUGCCCUCAAAAACAUAUCCGCCUUUAAUCUGCACAAAGGUUUCGCCCUUGACUCCAAUAUGGAUAGACCCUACAAAAAUAUACCUCCUGAUACCGCCUUCGUCAUGCUCCAGUGUCGUGGCGACUCCUACGGGUCUAAGUGUCACUCAUGCCUCGCCACAGCCCUCUCUGGGCUUCGUAAGAAAUGUCCGAGAAACAAAGCAGGAACAAUAUGGUAUGACCAAUGCACUCUGGAUAUUUCUACAUACAGUGCCGGCGACACCAGAAUCCUCUACGAUAAUUAUUUUUGUAAGGAGAACCCAAAGGACCUGAGCGGAGAUACGAAUAUGUUCAUUAAGAAGAAGAAUGAUUUCACCGAAAAGCUAUUGUCUGAAGUCAAAAAGUUGGGCAAAAACGGGAAGGGGCCACUGUACGCAACGGGGGAGACAAUGAUCGGGACAAAGAAGCUUUAUGGAAUGAUGCAAUGUACGGACGAGUUAUAUGAGAAUGGUUGUUAUGUGUGCCUAGAUUGGAUAAUCUAUGAGCAUCCACUCUGCGGCCGUGAAAAGCAAGGAGUUAGAUAUUUGUGUAGAAGUUGUAAUGCAAGGUUUGAGCUUUACCCUUUUCUUAGAACUUAAGACUGUUUGAUGGGAGCUCUUUGUUUGAUGUUUGAAUAGGUGCUAUAACAGGGAAUAAAAAGUGUUAUUCUCUUUGUGGUUUAUUUAUAUAACACAACUGUAUGUAUGGAGAGGUCCUAAGAUUCUUUCAUUUUAUUAAUUUCUUACAUCACCGCCAAAAUAAUUGAAAAGCAUCACACAUAACACAUAUGAUGAGGAAGGAAGUCACUGUUUAGGACACUUUGAAAUUUCCUUUAUCCAUCACAAGAAAGAAAAGAGAGACUUUGGUGUAGUAGCACCUCGAAGAAAUUCAUUCCCACUGAUGAGAAGAAGCAGCUACGAACGUAUAGUCACCAUGCAUUAUCGUCAACAUAGAGAGAAAAUAGUGUCUUCAAUCAUCAGGGAGAACUUUUAUGUGAGAAUAUUCUCACGUUUUGUAUUUGUACCUUUUUAUUAGAGUUAUAUAAUGAUCAAAGAUAUUUAAUUCCUUGUAUCUUAUAUAUUUUAUAGAAUUAUUUAGCUAGUUAAUUGGUGGUUUUUAUAUAUAACAACUAAAACAUCAUUUUCAAGCACUUGGGUGCUAUUUAAAAAAUGUUAUUAUCUAAAUUUAUAACUAAAACAUUAUUUUAUGAUACGGGAUUCGUAUGAUAUAAUCUGGUGUAUGGUUAAUGAGAUGCAAAUCAGGCAAUUAUCCAAAAUAAAAAUAGUAAGCUUGUUUUACCAAAAAAAAAAAUAGUAAGCUUGAUUAGAGAGAUUAUCAGAGCAUUAUGAAAAAGAGAGGAACGUGGCCUAGAAAGCUUCACCAUUUGACUUAUACUAAUCAUAGUUACCUGUAACAUAAAUGAUUAGUUACUGAUUCACCAGGUGAUCAAAAGGUAAAUUCGUUGUCAAUCUCAUAAUCCUUAGUUUCUUACCAACAACAAGGUAACAAUAUAUCUAUACAUAAUUCUCAAAAAAUAAAAUAAUAUAUCUAUACACAAAAAAAUAUUGUAUUUAGCAGAUGUGUCUGUAUUGUAUCACAAAAGAAUUACCUUAAAAUGAGGGCACACAAUGUUUUAUUUUUCAUGUGAAUCCAAUGACCACUUAGAGCAGGAUUAACCCUGUCUCUUAGAUAGGUCUCUUAAUGUAAUUGUGAUUUAAAAAAAAGAAAAAAUAUAAUUACCACAGCAGACGUCUCUUAAAUAAGGUCUGGAAGAGACGUGUCUUAAGACACGUGUCGCUAUGAAAAAAAUUGGAAGUCUCGUCUCUUCUCUUCCUCUCUUCGUCUGCAUCUCUUCGUCUCUGUUUCUCUCCCGAUGAUGAAUCCACAAGGCCAUCCUGAACCUGAUUCCGAUCUGAAUUGGUGUUAGAUAUAUGGUUAGUUUUCUUUCCAGCUUAACGUUUAUCUGGCGAGUGGUCUGAGAACUGAAACUCUGGGAUUUAGACACAAUGCUUGUUUGUAUGAAUCUGAUUUCUCCUUUAGUCUAUGUUCAAGUUCUUGUCUUUUUUACUUGUUCCUUUCCAAUUUGAACUUUAUAAUCGGAUAUGGCUCCAUCUUUUGGUAUAAGCUUUUGAGUUUCUCUCGGCUUUGGUUACUCUGAUUGCCUCUUCUUUGUUUAUGAUAUGUGGUGUUUUUAAUACCAAUACAUGUGCACUUUGAGCUCAUUUUCAGUCCUAAUUCGUGUUUAAUUUACAUCAUUCCAGGUUGGGAACAGGUGAAAGAGUAAAGGAGAGAGUUUCAGGAAGUCAGAUGCUGUUUUGAAGGAUUCAACAUGGAACAGUCAUUUAGAACAACCCAAGGGUUGCUCCAGAAGAGAUCAAGCAUUAGACUGUUCCCGAUCGUUAAGGAAACUUCCUAUUCUGGAGUUUGCCCUAGUUUUCGACUUUCUCUUUCUCUUAUUCCCCUAUCACCAGCGCCCCCCUAUAAAAAGGGGAGGCUAUCGUUUUCUUAAGAUUACACUAGUUUUUACAAAGAAACCUAAAUUGCUUUUUGGAUUCUACGCAACUUGUAAGGGAGAAGGCUCCAUCUCUCAUUCUCACGAGAAGAUUUCCCUGAACCCUUUGUCUUUUUACUUAUUUCAUAUGCAGUAUUAUUCAGAAAUCUUGUUUGUGUCAUCCUGCUUAAUGAUUGAGUAGUAGGCAAAGCUUGCUUAGGGUUGUAGGGUGUUAGCCGCAUGAACUGAACACAAAUAAGUGAUCUCAACUAUCUUCAUUCAUAUUGAUCUUACUGCCUGCAUUGAACUGAUCACUUAAUGUCGGAUCUAUGAUUUAAUCCUCUAGCUAACCGUUAGGAGAUAAGUCGACAUAUAUUGAAUGAGCUUAGUAUCCCUAAUCAGCGAGAGUAGAUAUUAGGGUAUUAAGUGAACUAAUCAGAUCUCGCAUCUAAAGCUUGCUUUCGCGUCUUGUUCCAAGCGAGAGCUUAGGAUUCAAGACCGACUCGCAUAGGGAUCAAGAUCACGAUAGUGAGUUGUUCCAGCUGAGUGAUCUGAGUUCUAGAUCGCAUUUCAUCGCACUUGAAUAGUUGUUCAGUUCUGCAAGUAACAUCCGAUUAUUGACCCUAAGCCAGCUUCAUUUAAAUUGAAUUCAAAUUACCUAGGCAUUCUUGUUACUUUUGUCGCAAUUAAUUCUCAAAACCCACUUGUUUCUCAGCUUGACAUUGAACUCAUAAGAGUAAAGAGUAAACUGGUCCUCUGGAUUGAAUCUCAAAUACUAUAAUUACCACUGUUAACUUGACAGUAGCAAGGAUUCAUUUUUAGUGUAUCAAGUUUUGGCGCCGUUGCGACGGGGACUAAGCUUUUACCUUUAUUUUUCGGUUUAAUAUUUAGCCUGAGAUAUCUAACUUGCUUUACUUCUUUGUUGGAACAGAUGAUCCAAGUGCAUGACCAGUAGACAUACUCGGAGCAACGCACAAGGACCACUACAUCAGCUGACUAACGAAGAACUCGCAAGAUUAGAAAGACAGAACCGUCAACAGCCAAGAACAACCGACACCAACAUGGGUGAUCAUGGCAAUAUGGAUGACCUCACUGCUGCAUUGGCACUCAUUCAACAACAAAUGCAGAAUCAGCAACAGCAGAUGCAGCAGAUGCAGCAAACCAUCCAGAAUCAGCAACAAGCUGCACAAGAGCAAGCAGCCGAGAACGCUGCGCGAGAGGAGCGUGGUGCUCUUAUUGGGGAGCGAAACCUUCCGAGGAAUUUUGCUACUAACCGCUCUCCCAUCAACCCUCCACCCUGUACUCGACAGGAUUAUGAGAUCAAACCUGCUCUGAUUGGUCUGGUACAGAAGAGCACAUUCAGUGGCCUCACUUCAGACAUACCAAUGGACCACAUAGAGGCCUUUGAGAGGAUCUGCAAUUUCUCUCGCUCAAAUGGAGUGCCACCGGAUUACGUCAAGUGCACGCUGUUCCCAUUUUCUCUCGAAGGGAAAGCCGCACGUUGGCUGCAAUCUCUCCCAACCGGUUCUCUAACCUCAUGGGACCAGGUUCGAUCAGCAUUCCUGAGCCACUUCUACACAAAAUCCAAAACCGCGGCUCUAAGGCAUAGAAUCUCCAACUUCAAGCAGAAAUCUGAUGAACCCUUUUAUGAAGCUUGGGAGAGGUAUAAAGAGUACCAGAGGGAAUGUCCACACCACGGGUUUGAUGACGAUUACAUAUUGGAAGUGUUCUACGAUGGAGUGAGCUAUGAGUACCGGAACACCCUUGAUUCCUCUAGUAACGGAGAUUUCAUGACUCAGACCACUCCUGGUGCAUUCGCGCUGAUUGAGAACAUGGCUUCUAGUUCACUCAACAAGAACAAAGAGCAUGAUCGCUCUAAAAGUGUGAACAGCAUAGACGAUAUAGCGGCGAAGAUGGACCAACUGCUGAAAGGAAACCAGAGCCAGGUUUUCAUAAUGGAAGAAGCAACUCCUGAGAAAAAUGCGGGGGAUAAGGCGUUUGAAGCUGAGCAGGCAGGAGACGAUCAGCAGGAAGUGAGUUACGUAAAUGGACAAGGGUGGCAGCUGAAGAAUUAUCACCCAAACCCUAACGUAAGGAACAAUCCACAACUCUUCUGGCCUAAGCAGGACAAACAAGUUGAUCCGGCGCAGAACAACCAGGGCCAGUAUUCGGGAUAUCAGAAGAACUAUCAGCCCCGAACAUAUGUUCUAAGCCAACCGCAGAGCAAUCAGCCUCAAAUACAGAACCACCAGAACACUCAAGUCGCUACCUCCACCCCUGUCGCUGUCCCGCAAGAUGAAACUAAAACCAUGCUGCAGCAACUCCUCCAAGGACAACAGCUCCAAGGGAAAGCGCUGAACCAGGUCACCACUGAGAUCAAUACUAGGAUGAACCAUAUGUUCGGAGACCUGAGCACCAAAUAUGAUAAUGUCGCAAGCCAUAUGAGACAGAUGGACAUUCAGAUAGCUCAGACUGCCGAGAGUGUCAAGAGACAGCAAGGUACUCUACCUGGUAAAACAGACAAAAACCCCAAGGAGUGCAAUGCGGUUCAGCUAAGAAGCGGAAAGCAACUUUCCGAGCCAGAAAGGAGAAGGUUCACCGCGGCUGAGAAAGGCAAGCAGAAAGAGUCAGAGCAACCGCUAGCCGACCAAGCAGAUGAGGGGAAUACAGAGCCGGUAGUCGAAACAGCCUCGCCACGCUCAGAACAACCGGCUGAAGCAGUGCGCCCGAUUCCAGAGGCUGUUCCUCCUCGCGAAUACAUUCCAAAAGUCCCUUACCCUGUUCCAGCGAAGGUCACUCGUAAGGACAAGGAGGAAAUAAAAUGCAGGAAGAUGCUGGAAGAUCUAACCGUCCGACUUCCCCUGAUGGAUGCGAUUCAGAUGAUGCCCUCCAUGCGUAGCUUUAUGAAGGGGUUGAUCUCAGGGAAAAUAUCUGACGAGAGCGAGUUCAUGACAGUUUCCAAGGAAUGCAGCGCAGUGCUUCAGAACAGGCAAAUAAAAAAACGAGGAGAUCCCGGCAAAUUUGUCCUCUCUAUUCAGAUUGGGAAGACAGUUUUCGCCUGCUCCUUGGUGGAUCUUGGGUCUAGCGUGAAUCUAAUGCCCUACUCUGUCGCUUUACGACUCGGAUACACGCACUUCAAACCAACUAAGAUGUCCUUGGUUUUCGCAGACAGAUCAGUCAAAUCUCCUGUUGGUAUUCUAGAGGAUCUCCAAGUGAAAGUAGGGAACACCACUGUUCCAGCAGACUUCGUUGUUCUGGAAUUGGAAGAAGAGUCUAAGGACCCCCUCAUCUUGGGAAGACCAUUCUUAUGUACUGUCGGAGCUAUCAUUGAUGUGCGACAGGGAAAGAUUGAUCUGAAUCUUGGGGACAUAGUUAUGCAAUUCGAAAUGGAUGAGUUGCUAAAGAAGCCGAUGUUGGAUGGACAAACCUUUGAGGUCAAUGAAGGGGUUGAUCCGCUCCAACCACAAGAAGGAAUGAUCGAGGAGAUUCUUACCGAAGACCCACUGGAACUUGCACUGGUGCGUGCUGAAGCCGAGCAGAGUAUGGUGAACAUUGAUGCAGAUGGAUAUGCCAAGAUGCUUGACUCCGCAAGGAGUAUGGGGAGAAUGGUAGCAAGUCUAAGUCUGGGGGAGGAUAUCAACAGGUGCGAGACCACUCCAUCUGGAGCGACCCCUAAACCGGACCAACCAGAGGAUCCCUGGAGCGAGCUCAAGGCUCCCAAAGUUGAGCUAAAACCCCUUCCCAAAGGGCUCAGGUACGCUUUCUUAGGUCCGAAUUCCACAUAUCCUGUCAUUGUGAAUGCUGAGCUGAAUAAUGUGGAAACUGCAUUGCUUUUAUGCGAGCUUAGAAAAUAUCGUAAGGCAUUAGGAUAUUCGCUAGCUGACAUCCCUGGUAUUUCGCCUGAUUUAUGCAUGCAUAGAAUCCACUUGGAAGAUGAAUCAAUGACUUCUGUUGAACAUCAGAGGAGGUUAAACCCGAAUCUAAAAGAUGUCGUUAAGAAAGAGAUAAUGAAACUUCUUGAAGCAGGUGUGAUCUAUGCGAUUUCUGAUAGUAAAUGGGUCAGUCCUGUUCAUGUUGUACCUAAGAAAGGUGGGAUCACUGUUAUCACAAAUGAAAAGAAUGAAUUGAUCCCUACUAGGACAGUGACAGGACAUCGCAUGUGCAUAGAUUUCAGGAAAUUAAAUGCAGCAACUAGAAAGGAUCACUUCCCACUCCCUUUUAUUGAUCAAAUGCUUGAGAGAUUGGCUAACCACCCAUAUUACUGCUUUUUAGAUGGUUAUUCAGGUUUCUUUCAGAUUCCCAUCCAUCCAGACGAUCAGGAGAAGACGACGUUCACAUGUCCCUACGGAACGUACGCUUACAGGAGAAUGCCAUUCGGCUUGUGCAAUGCGCCAGCAACGUUCCAGCGCUGCAUGAUGUCGAUCUUUACUGACCUGAUUGAAGACAUUAUGGAAGUUUUCAUGGACGAUUUCAGCGUCUAUGGAAGCUCCUUUAAUGUCUGUUUGUCAAACUUGUGCAGGGUUCUUAAAAGGUGUGAGGAGAAACACCUCGUACUCAACUGGGAGAAAUGCCACUUCAUGGUCACAGACGGGAUUGUUCUAGGGCACAAGAUCUCCGAGAAAGGAAUUGAGGUGGAUAAAGCAAAGAUCGAAGUGAUGAUGAGUUUGCAACCACCAGCAAACGUGAAGGCCAUCAGGAGUUUCUUGGGUCACGCUGGGUUUUACCGACGGUUUAUCCAGGAUUUCUCGAGGAUAGCAAGACCACUCACCAGACUGCUCUGUAAGGAGAUCAAAUUUGAUUUCGACAGUGAGUGUCUAGCUGCUUUCCACACCAUCAAGGGAGCUCUAGUCAGCGCACCCGUUGUGCAGCCACCAGACUGGGACCUACCCUUUGAAAUCAUGACUGAUGCAAGUGAUUUCGCAGUUGGAGCAGUACUUGGGCAGCGUAAGGACAAGAAACUUCAUGUGAUCUAUUACGCUAGCAAAACUAUGGAUGAAGCUCAGUGCAGAUACGCUACAACUGAGAAAGAGCUUCUGGCUAUUGUUUUUGCUUUCGAAAAAUUUAGGUCCUACCUAGUGGGAUCUAAAGUGAUUGUGCAGACAGACCAUGCUGCUCUUAAGUACCUGCUCACCAAGAAAGAUGCGAAACCGAGGUUGUUAAGGUGGAUUCUUCUUCUCCAAGAAUUUGAUCUAGAGAUAAAAGACAAGAGAGGUGUCGAGAAUGGGGUCGCUGACCAUCUAUCCAGAAUGAAGAUUGAGGACGACACAACUCUUGAUGAGGAACACCCAGUUGAACACGUCAACUCGAUUGGUCUGUGUUACGCGGAACAAUCUAUAAGAACCGCAUCAGACUGCUCCAGCAUCGCGAAACAACCUCCGAGGAAGGCGCCCGAUUGUUCUCAUAUCUCGAGACAUCCUGUCGCCUUGAUCCAAAAGCAAUAUCCUCACCUCCCAUGGUUUGCUGAGAUUGCUAACUAUCUAGCUGCUGAAAAGCCACCACUUAAGUUCACAGGAAACGAUAAGAGGAAAUUCCUGAGAGAAGCUAGGCGUUAUGUUUGGGAUGAACCGUUCUUGUACAGACAAGGCAAGGAUGGUUUGUUCAGAAGAUGUGUUCCAGAGGCAGAUAUCCCAGGAAUUCUGCACCACUGCCAUGGUUCAUCUUACGCAGGUCAUUUUGCUGCAUUCAAAACGGUUUCUAAAGUCCUCCAAGCAGGAUUCUGGUGGCCGACUAUGUUCAGGGAUGCUCAAGCCUACGUAGCCAGAUGCGAUGCAUGCCAGCGACUUGGGAACAUCAGCAAAAGGAAUGAGAUGCCUCAGAAUUACAUUCUUGAGGUUGAGGUAUUCGACUGUUGGGGAGUCGAUUUCAUGGGACCAUUCCCUGCGUCCUUCAAGAACGAGUACAUCCUUGUCGCCGUUGACUACGUGUCUAAGUGGGUAGAAGCAGUAGCAAGCCCUACGAACGAUGCAAAAGUGGCGACUAAGAUGUUUAGCUCAAUCAUAUUCCCAAGGUUCGGAGUGCCUAGGGUCGUAAUCAGCGAUGGUGGAACACACUUCAUCAACAAGGCAUUUCAGGGCCUUUUAAGGAAGAAUGGAGUGAACCACAAAGUGGCAACCGCUUACCAUCCACAGACGAGCGGACAAGUUGAGGUGUCCAACAGGGAAAUCAAAAGCAUCCUGCAGAAAACUGUCAACACUUCACGAAAAGACUGGUCGCUUAAGCUGGACGAUGCGCUAUGGGCCUACAGAACAGCCUACAAGACGCCGCUAGGAACGACCCCCUACCACCUUGUGUAUGGUAAAGCAUGUCACCUCCCCGUCGAGCUUGAAUACAAGGCCGCAUGGGCAGUCAAGCUACUGAAUUUUGACAUCAAGCCAGCGACCGAGAGACGCAUGAUCCAGAUUCAUGAACUGGAGGAGAUAAGGCACCUCGCCUAUGAAAGCUCCAAAAUCUACAAAGAGAAAACCAAGGCCUACCAUGACAAGAGGAUCAUUGCCAGACAAUUCGAACCCAACGAUAAGGUCUUGCUUUUCAAUUCAAGGCUGAGACUGUUCCCAGGGAAGUUGAAGUCUAGAUGGUCCGGGCCUUUCACUGUUAAGGAAGUUCGACCCUACGGAGCAGUUGUGCUAUUAGACAGAAAAGGGGACGAGUUUGUAGUGAAUGGACAGCGCGUCAAGCACUACCUUGCUGACUCCACUAUCGCAGAGGGAGAAGAGAUUCCCCUAAGCGAGCCCCCAUCAGCCUGAUCGAUUGAUCCAAGUCGAGCUAAUGACUUUAAACAAGCGCUUGGUGGGAGGCAACCCACUGGUCAGUACAUACAUUGUCUACAUAGUCUGUUCUUUUCCUUUUCUAAUUUAUUUUGCAGAAAAAGAAAAUCGGACUCUUCACUCAGAACAACCAACGGACUGUUCUUCUGCUAGAACAACCCAUCGACUGUUCCAGGUAAGUGUUCCGACCAAAAAAAAAAAAAAAAAAAUAUAAAAAAAAUAUAAAGAGGAUAAUUUCGGGACAGUUAGGGUUUUGCCUAUUUAAGGCUUCACCCUUCACUUUCCCUUUCAGUCCGCCGUACACUGAUCCCCCACUUGCGAUUUCCUCUAAACAAACCACCAAAUCUUUGAUUCUCAACCGUUUUAAGUGGUUUUGCUUCUCAUUCGUUUGGAAUCUCGAGUUCUCUCUGUUUUUGCAGAUCACUUCACCAGUUUCCACAGAUGGCAAGAACUAAGCAAUCCGCCAAGCGAACGAGAGCCACGUGCAGCACGCCACCCCCGCAAGUGCAGUUUCAUUUCCACCAGGGAUGGUGUCGAUUAAGUCUGGGGGAAGCACUGUGUGCUGAAAUUCUAUUUCUUUGUUUUUGAGUCAGUCCUUGCGUCAUUUGGAUGUUUUAUCGAGUCAGUUUAGGAUCGAGUCAGUUAAAACUCUUGUGGGAAUGAGGACCUUGUGAUAUAUUCUUUUAACCACCUCGUGCUCUAACAUUCUUAUCCAGUGACCUUAGCAGUGAUGAAAGAGCCCAUACUUGGACCUGGAACACCCUUCGACCCAUCUCAUUUGACUCUCCAGAAGCUCUCAUCCGAUCAGGUUACACUGGGUAGACUCAACUCCUCCUAACUUGAACCUAAUCUUGACUGAAAUUCUUCUUGUUAUGGGCACUAGAUCAGGGAAACGAGACCAACGCUCAGGACUUCUUAUUCUUUUUACCAAUCUUGCUGAUCCUGAGCGGCUAGCUCAUUUUUAGCUAGUUCCAACCUUCUACCUAAGCCUUUAUUUUCACCCUCAUGCACUCUGUUUUUCAAAGUCAUAUGUGCAGAUAUGUGCAAAAAGGCCGGAGAGGAUAGGAUUGACACAACCCCUUACUCGUUAACGCCUGACACUCAGAGCAGUCGACGAGAUCAAUCCCAAAAGAAAGGAACAGUCAAAAGCGCAUGAGAACAGUCGACAAGAUCAAUCCUUAAAGAGAGGAACAGUCGAAAGCGCAUGGAACAAUGGCACCCCGUGAGAAACAGAGGAUAGACCCCCAGCGGCUGCAAAUCAUUCGUCCCGAUACCUCUCUCCAUCUCUAUCCCUGAAAAAAAAAAAAAAAAAAAAAAAAAAAUGCUUUAAUUCAUUUAUGAUGGAGAGGGAAGAUUCGAGAUGCAUGCUGCUGGAAAAGGGUGAGCAAGAAGUGGGUGCAGAUUUCGGAGGAAUGAAAAGAAGUCAAGAGCUGGAGAACAGUGGCACGAUUGAUCCACAUUGUAGAACAACCUAAUCCGUGAGGCAGAGAUGAGUAAGGGUUGUGGGCUUCAACAGAUCCGUCCUCUCUUGUUAUUUUGCGCGAUAUCCUGCAUGCACUCAAACACGGUAACCACCAAACACUCUCAGCUCCACCGUAAAACAGCCUAUUCCUUAUCAACCCGUCUACCCUGAAUAGUGCUUGUAAUGAGAAGCUCACGCUGUUCUUAAAUGAUCCUUAAGGGAGUCUUGUCUCGAUAGUGCAACCUUUUCAGGUAUGAGAUAUAGAGUACGGAGCUGAUCUUCGAACAGCAAUCGUGGGGUGUUCUGGUAAGGGUGUGCGAUCUGAUUCUACAGCUUGUAUGGUUCAGAGAUGUGUGGUAAGGGCAUGGUUAUUUAGACAAAGCGAGUUCCCGCUCCUUCAAACCUUUCUCCCUGCUCUUGAGGCUUGGUUUUGUUCGAGGACAAACAAGGAUCUAAGUCUGGGGGAAUUGAUAUGUGGUGUUUUUAAUACCAAUACAUGUGCACUUUGAGCUCAUUUUCAGUCCUAAUUCGUGUUUAAUUUACAUCAUUCCAGGUUGGGAACAGGUGAAAGAGUAAAGGAGAGAGUUUCAGGAAGUCAGAUGCUGUUUUGAAGGAUUCAACAUGGAACAGUCAUUUAGAACAACCCAAGGGUUGCUCCAGAAGAGAUCAAGCAUUAGACUGUUCCCGAUCGUUAAGGAAACUUCCUAUUCUGGAGUUUGCCCUAGUUUUCGACUUUCUCUUUCUCUUAUUCCCCUAUCACCAGCGCCCCCUAUAAAAAGGGGAGGCUAUCGUUUUCUUAAGAUUACACUAGUUUUUACAAAGAAACCUAAAUUGCUUUUUGGAUUCUACGCAACUUGUAAGGGAGAAGGCUCCAUCUCUCAUUCUCACGAGAAGAUUUCCCUGAACCCUUUGUCUUUUUACUUAUUUCAUAUGCAGUAUUAUUCAGAAAUCUUGUUUGUGUCAUCCUGCUUAAUGAUUGAGUAGUAGGCAAAGCUUGCUUAGGGUUGUAGGGUGUUAGCCGCAUGAACUGAACACAAAUAAGUGAUCUCAACUAUCUUCAUUCAUAUUGAUCUUACUGCCUGCAUUGAACUGAUCACUUAAUGUCGGAUCUAUGAUUUAAUCCUCUAGCUAACCGUUAGGAGAUAAGUCGACAUAUAUUGAAUGAGCUUAGUAUCCCUAAUCAGCGAGAGUAGAUAUUAGGGUAUUAAGUGAACUAAUCAGAUCUCGCAUCUAAAGCUUGCUUUCGCGUCUUGUUCCAAGCGAGAGCUUAGGAUUCAAGACCGACUCGCAUAGGGAUCAAGAUCACGAUAGUGAGUUGUUCCAGCUGAGUGAUCUGAGUUCUAGAUCGCAUUUCAUCGCACUUGAAUAGUUGUUCAGUUCUGCAAGUAACAUCCGAUUAUUGACCCUAAGCCAGCUUCAUUUAAAUUGAAUUCAAAUUACCUAGGCAUUCUUGUUACUUUUGUCGCAAUUAAUUCUCAAAACCCACUUGUUUCUCAGCUUGACAUUGAACUCAUAAGAGUAAAGAGUAAACUGGUCCUCUGGAUUGAAUCUCAAAUACUAUAAUUACCACUGUUAACUUGACAGUAGCAAGGAUUCAUUUUUAGUGUAUCAGUUUACAAAAGAUUGUUGAGUGUUCUUGAGUUCUAAACUCUUUGGUUCUUUGUCCUUUUCAGGUGGAUAAAGCAGAGGUAUAGGAAGAGAUCAAAGAGAUUAGAGCCGACGAGGUUUCAUCAACCAACGGAGAUGCCAAUGGAUAUCCCUCUAUUAGUGAGAAGUUUGGUGAUAAAGACCCUGAGAAAGGGGUAGCAGCAGUAGUAGUAGUAGAGUCAGAGAAUGGUGAUAGCAGCAGAUCAGGCUCGUUUAAUCACUUGAUUCUUAUAGGAACAUCCAAAACGUAAGUCCUUGUGACAGCUUUAUUUAUCUGAGGUUAUUGGGUGGUGUGGUGUGAUGCAGGCUUGCUUAUGGUUGUUAUGGUUGGUUGGUUAGUUCAUGUGGGAUUAGAUUUUUUGCUUCUGUGCUUCUGUUUCUUUGAUCACAAACAACGAGAAUGGAAUCUUACCAUCAUUUUGUCUAGCUUGGUUAGAGGAUGGAGUGUUAGCAUGGUUUAGCUUAUGGUAUGAACAUUUUCCAACGUGUGAGAGCUAAUGCUCUUUUGAUGUUCGUUUUUGAUUACGGGAAACCGAAAGGUGAAGAUUAGUUUAGUGCUUUGCCUAAUUCAUAUUUCUCAUAUUUAAUCUUUUGUCUUUAUAUUUGCUACAGAUAAAUGCAACGAAGAUGAGAACUUGCCGUCCAUGAAGAGGUUGUGGCUGGUGGUGAUGGAGUCAAACUAUCCUCAUAGCAACUGUGUAUGUGCCGUGCCUACUGCUAAAGGACCUUUCCUUGAGGAUCUCUCUCGGUGCCUCCAAAGAAGCCAAGCAUAGCUGAGGAGCCUGCAACAUCUGUGUCUCCGUUCUCUACGGCUCGUGCAUCUCACAACACAGAUAACUUUUCUUCUCUUACCAUUCUUCUCAUGUUCAUAAAAUAAUCAAAAACUUUUUAUACAUUUUUAUCACAAAUUAAUACAUUUUGAUCACAAAUUCAUACAUUUUGAUCACAAAUUAUACAAUAAUCAAAAACAAUGUUUAAUUUUUUUUAAGAGCCCCUAAAUAAGAGACUCCCAUUGGAGCACAAAAAUGUUGAUGUCUCUUAACUAAGUCUCUUAAGUAACAUUUAAUAUUUAAAAAUCAUUAAGAGACCCAAAGUGGGUUUUUGGGUUAAUGAUGCUCUUAGGAAUCUGUAACUGAUUGUGUAUGAGUAUACUCUAAAGAAGUAGUGGAGCAGAUGUGUCUCCAUCACCAUUUAUUGCAUCUUUUGCUCCGACUUUCUUCCAUUUAUCUCUGCAAAUAGAAACAAUUUUACCCAUUAAUAAGAGGUUGCUCUCUUUGCAAUUUGCUUGGACACUAUUCACUUUCCUUUUGUUCUCUCUUUACAAAUUGUUACACUUUCCUAAGUUGGCAUAUAUCUGUAGUUGUAAAAAAAGUGGGACAAGAUUCGUUAUAAUAUACUUUCAUGAAACUCUAUUGUGGAUGAACCUAUGUGAAGAGGAUACAAAAAUACAUGAUUCAAGAUUUUAGUAAGUUUCCUCUACUGAUCAAAACACUGCCAAAAGCAAAUAUAUGAACUGCAUUAGGUGCGAAGAACUCAAACACUCCAAUGUUUCUGCAAAAUCAUGUGCUCUAUCCUUCUCGCUCCUGGUUUUCUUUAUAUACGGAGAUACUUUGUCAUUCCUAGUUUCCAUAGAACUAGGAAUCAGUUAUAGAUAUACUAGAUUUCUAAUCUUUGACGACUCUAGCGAUUUCAAAGACCUCUGAGUAACUCAGAUUUGGCCACCUCCUCGAAUCAUAGACUCUAUCCAUUUUUCAUGUAACUUUUUUGACCAUCCAUGAGUUUUGUACUCGGUAAUUUCCAUAUAUUUAGAAUUUACAUUUUAAAUUUGACUAUGAAUGGUUGUGCUAAAGUUAAGGGGAAAUUGCCAAAUAUCACCCAUUGAUUUUAAACAAUAUCUUAACUUGAAUCAAAUGCAUAACUAACCCACAAAGCUAAUGACAUUACUACAAGUAACAUUUUAUGACCAAACAAAAAAACAGAAUGUACUUUUACGAAUAUAACCUAUGAAGUCUUCUAGGGGUUUCGUAAGUCUUCUAGAAGUCUUUUAUAUUGUAGAUCUUAAAAGUAAUUUAUAAUUAAAAAUAUUUUGAUGGAGGAAAAAUUGAAAUCAUAUAAAUUAAGAUAUAGUAAAAUUGAAAAGUUUUCAAUACAUAUGGUGAAUGUAGUGAGUCAUAGUAUUCUUUGGUUUAGGGUUUGGUAACAUAUGUUGUAGUAUUGUUUGUAUUUUUAGGGUUAGAUUUUGGAAACUUAAAUUUUUUUGGAAAAUUAAAAUUUAACCUAUAUGUGUUUUAAGUGUUUAGUUUCAUGUAUAUUAAACACUUUAAAAGUUUACUUUAAGUUUAGUGAAAUAUGUUUUUUUUCUAUUUAACUAGUUAUUUAACUUUAGGGUUUGCUAACAUAUGUCUUGGCGAGUAGUAGACAUCCCAGAAAAUCUUCUGAAUCGAAAAAUAUUUAACCUAAAUAUUUUUUUUUUCUCCAUAUAUAAAGAAAAUGUACACAUUCUCUCUUUCUCUCAAAUGGCUGCAACAAAAAUGUAAUGAUUCUCACCAAAACUCUUCAACCUCUCUCUAAUCUCUUUGAACUUGAAAACAUCAAACUUUAUAUGAAUUUUUCAUUUUUUUUCUCAUCUCACUAAUUUAUCUUGUUUUUGCAGAUUUUUUUAUCACAUGGUUUUCAUCUUUCACUCAUUUACAGGUAAAUCUAUAAAUUUUAGAUAUCUAUUUUUUGUGUGUUUAUAAAGGUAUAUAUAUAUAUAUCUAAUCUUUCACUCAUAUUCUCUUUUUGAAGUCAUUUGGACGUUUUUAGAUAUAUAAGUUUUUCAGAUCUGAGUUUGGAUAUGCAGGUUUUUCAGAUUUGAGUCAGACUCUAGAAGAACUUCCAUGAAGUCUUCUAAAAUAUUAUGUGCCAGAAAACUUUUUGGAAGUCUUCUUCAAUGUUUCCUCUUCCAUAACAUAUCUGAGAGUUUUUGUAAAUCUCUAUGUCUGAUUUUUUUUUAUUUGGUAACCUCUUCUUGCAUAAAACUCUUACCUUUUUCCAAACUUUUGACCAGAAUCUCGGAAUAAAAUUAUGGAGGACUUCCGUGUAAGUCGUCUUCCGGAAGACUUACAUAGAAGUCGUCUAAUUAAAAUUAAAUAUUUAAGUUUUAUUUUUUAAUUGCAAAAGUAAUCUGAAUCAACUUUCACCGACAGUGAGAAGACUUCCACCGAGAGUUUGGAAGACUUACAUGGAAAUCUUCCAGCGGAAGACUUAUGUGUAAGUCAUCUAGAGAAAGUCAAACUUCUAACACAGUCUGGUCAAUUUGUAAAAUUAAUUUGUUUAUCCUAGACGACUUACCAUGAAGUCUUCUCUAGUAUUUUCGAGAUUUUUUUGUUAACAAAGAAAAAUUGGAAGACUUCCAAAGAAGUCGUUUCUAUAAAACACAUAAAGCCAGUUGCAAAACUAACAUCUACAUUGACCAGAAGACUUCCGUAUAAGUCUUCUACGACCAUAAGACUUACACGAAAGUCUUAUGACGAACAUAUUUGGAAAAAAAAAAUUAAUUUCAUACUUUCAACCAGUGAGAUAACUUGAUUUGCUUCUCCUAUCUCACAGAACUUCACCACGAAACAGACCGCUUGUUAAUGACCAAGAAUCAUGAAUUUGAAACUUACAAAGUUUAGAAUCAAAAUUUUGGUUUUUUUUUUUAUAAAUAAAGAGAUAAAGUGAAAGAGAUGUAGUUUUUGUGCAUAAAUAAUGAGAUAUGUAGAGUUAAAAUCGAAAUUUUGGUGCAUUAAGAGCUUCAAAUUUGUUGUUCAUAGUGGAUUAGUGUAUUGAUGAUAAUGACAAUAUUAUAAAUACUUGAUGAGGAUAAUAGAGUAAACCAUUCAUUUUCAAAAAAAAAA